AUGUGUUCGAAGGAUCAGUACAGUGAAAUGAAAGAUAAAUUUAAAGCUCCUAAACUAAAAAAGCCGACGACCACACGGGCGCGCUGCUAUGAACAAUUUCUUUGGCAGGAGCUCUACGAUGAAUAUAUACGUUUCAAUGAUCGCUUGGAGAGUGUAAAAUCUUAUAAAACAAACACUGAAUACUUCGAUGAGUAUUGCAAAAAGAUUCCGAAGGAGGACAUGGAUAAAAAGGAACGUUUGAUUAAUAUUUAUCCAUUGUAUAGUACUACUGCCAUAACAUUGUGGAAUAAUAAUGGCGAUAUAACUAGAGAUUUCAAGAAGCGUUAUACUAUAACACGCCCAGUGCAAGAACAAAGGGAGCAAUUUGGAUAAGCACUGUACAUAUGUGACAGGAUACGUUGAACCAAAAAAAUGUACAACAAACUUUGACAAUAAGCACAAUUCGCCUUGAAAUCAGCUGCUCUAGUAUUACCACCUUACAUGAAUUUUCCGUGGUUGAAAGCGACCUACGGUUCGAGAAAAACGACUGAAGUCAACA